AUGGCUGAAAAUAAUAAAGAAAAAGCCGAUAUUGGCCUUAUUGGUUUAGCCGUCAUGGGUCAAAAUCUCAUUUUAAAUAUGAAUGAUCAUGGUUUUACAGUUGCUUGUUUCAAUCGAACCGUAUCUAAAGUAGAUCAGUUUUUAAAUAAUGAAGCCAAAGGAACAAAUGUAAUUGGUGUACAUUCUAUUGAAGAACUUGUUCAAUCACUUAAAAAACCACGUCGAGUUAUGCUUUUAGUUCAAGCUGGUACAGCUGUUGAUGAUUUUAUUAAUAAAUUGAUUCCAUUACUUGAUCAAGGUGAUAUUAUUAUUGAUGGUGGAAAUUCACUUUAUAAAGAUUCAAUAAGACGAGCUAAAGAAAUAGAAGAUAAAGGUUUUCUUUUUAUUGGUACGGGAGUAUCAGGUGGCGAAGAAGGUGCUCGUAUAGGUCCAUCAUUAAUGCCCGGUGGAAGUGAGAAAGCAUGGGAACAUGUAAAACCAAUCUUUCAAAAAAUCGCAGCUAAAGCUGAUGGCGAACCAUGUUGUGAUUGGGUUGGCCCAUCCGGUUCAGGUCAUUUCGUUAAAAUGGUUCAUAAUGGUAUUGAAUAUGGUGACAUGCAACUUAUCUGUGAAAUUUAUAAUAUAAUGAAAGAUAUUUUAAACAUGUCCAAUGAUGAAAUAGCUGAUACAUUCACUGAAUGGAAUAAAGGAACAUUAGAUUCAUUUUUAAUAGAAAUAACAGCUAAUAUUUUACGUUAUCAAGAAAAGGGCAAACAUGUUGUAGAUUUAAUUCGUGAUUCAGCUGGACAGAAAGGUACUGGUAAAUGGACAGGUAUUGCUGCACUUGAAUAUGGUGUACCUGUAACCUUGAUUGGUGAAUCUGUUUUUGCUCGAUGUUUAUCAUCAUUAAUUGAUGAACGUGGUCGUGCAUCAACACAAUUAAAAGGUCCUAAUGUUCAAGAUUUUGAUGGUGAUAAAAAACAAUUUAUUGAAUAUCUUGGUCAAGCAUUAUAUGCAUCAAAAAUCAUAUCAUAUGCUCAAGGUUUUAUGCUUAUGCGUCAAGCAGCUAAAGAAUAUUCAUGGAAAUUAAAUUAUGGUUCAAUUGCACUUAUGUGGCGUGGUGGUUGUAUUAUUCGAAGUGUAUUUUUGGGCAAUAUUAAAGCAGCCUAUGAUAAAAAUGAAUCAUUAGAAAAUUUACUUUUGGAUCAUUUCUUUACAGAUGCUAUUAAUAAAUGUCAACAAGGUUGGAGAAAAGUUAUAGCAACUGCAACUGUCUAUGGUAUACCAAUACCAUGCCUUAGUACUGCAUUAGCAUUUUAUGAUGGUUAUCGUUCCAAACGUUUACCAGCAAAUCUUAUUCAGGCUCAACGUGAUUAUUUUGGUGCACAUACAUAUGAAUUACUUGACAAUCCCGGUACAUACGUUCAUACAAAUUGGACUGGACAUGGUGGAAAUGUUACUGCAUCAACAUAUAUACAUUAA